CAAGAAGAUCCGAACGACAGCGAUGCACCUUCCCGUAGUUGUGUGGAGCGACAGCUCCAUCAAGGCGCUGGGUCUGAAGGUGACGACAUCUGCGAUUGCCGCGCCUCAUGACACUGUAUCCAUCGUGAUGGUGUGCGGGACGGAGCAGGGCACAUUGCUGCUGUUUCGGUCAACCACAUCGUCGACGUGGGAGCUGGACUGCCUCAUGUUGCGCCACACCGCGCGUAUAGUUGGGUUGGCGAUGGCUGUGAACGAAUGGGGAGAGUUUGUGUGCGUGAGUGUCGACGUGCAGGGAUCUGUGGGGAUCUGGUUGCUUCGCGACGGUCGGUGCAUGGAUUGGAAACCCCACGUCGUGUCGGAACUCACACCGUUGUUGGGCCUCCAAGUGUUCAGCAAUCAGCGGUAUGCCCUCGCUUACGGUGAGCAAGGUCGCAUGGUCGUGGUGGACACCUGGACGUGUGAGACGCUUGCAUGCCUCGGCACAGGCUUCGAGCAAAUCCGUCGCGAUGUCGGGGUCGGGGAAUGCGCUUACGGCAAGGACAAGUCCCAUCAGAUUGAUGCGAAGGUCCUUGUGUUGGGCACGGAAGGGCUAUGCAAGCUCUACAAUUGGGUGCAGCCGAUAUCAACGUCGACAACUCCACUGCAUGAAGGGGGUGCAGGCAGCGGUGCCGCCAGCGCGUCGUCAUCGGUGUCGUACUUGUGGCAGGAGCACUCGUCGUGGGUCAUCUCGUGGGCGGCAGACACGUUGGACAUGUCGUGCAUCCAUACAAAAAUCAACCCCCAGACAACGUUCGUCGAGCGGACGUAUUUUCCCAUCCACGUGCGCUUGAGCCCGAACGCGUCGCUCGUGCUGCUCGUGUGGCAAUCCAAGUUUGCAGUGUUUCACCGCACGUGGCUUGAACCGGGCCACGACACACGGCACCACGCCCCCACUCGCACAACAUUCUACUUUGGGGGCGUUCAUGGCGAUGCCGUCGUCGAGUUUGUGGACGGCGGCUUCACUGACAACCACACGAUUCUCCUGUCGACAACCAACAACACGUUGUACUCGUUCCCGGCCGUCGUCCGGGACAACGUCACUGCCCAAGUCGGUCAAGUGUUCGUUUUUCAGCAGGUCGACGACAUGGAAAUCCCUCAGUCCGUCGCAUACCCCCUCGCUCGCGUCGACCUGCCUGCGACUCCGCACGUUGUGAUUCCCACGUGCCAGUGCCCCCGGCCGUCGCUGCUCGCACCAACGCCUGGAAUUGUCCGAACCGCCACGACCGAACACCAUGACUCAAUCGUGUCGUACGUGGGGCCGUGCGGGUGCUCGCUGAUUUGGCGGCCAAGGACGUCGCCGCCGCCUGAGACUCUCCUCGCGCUGCCUCUAUCGCCCUGUGUGCAUGACAACGAUGAGGAAGACGGCAAUAUAACGACAUCCCAUGCAGUUCUCGACCACGCAACGUCGAGCGAUUCUCCGUUCUCCGCGCCUAUGCUGGUCCAUGGGUAUGCCAACGGAAAGCUCAAGCUUCAAGCGUUGGGAGGGACUGCCUCCACGGCAGCAGAGUCCCCGCCACCGCCGAUGACGCUCUCGUUGCCCAACGGCGUGCCAAGUUGUCGGAUCGUCGCGCUGGCGCACUUGAGCGUUACCCGGGUGUUCAAGCCUUCGGCAGCGGUGUACGAAAGCUAUGCCGAUAGCCCAACGGGCGGUGGGGGAGGCCCCCUUGGUCUGGGCUUCCAAGCUGCGAAACUCACCAAGAUUUCGACGCUUCUGCACAAACUACAGCAACAUUCGCUCACGCCAAGACCGUCCUUGCCGUCGCAUUCCACCGCCACAAACCACGUGUCGGCCACAACGAUCCCUGCGACAACUAGGUCGACAACAGCUCCUUCAUCCACGUCGCCUUCGUCGAUUCCUGUGCAUUCCCCGUCGUCGCCCCUUCGCGAUCACCCCGUCCAAAGCCGCGUGUGCUUGAUUUUUGCUGGCACGUCAACGGGCCAUGUCGUGAUCUCCCAGCUGAUCCCGAACGUGUCGUGGACAGUCCUGCGCACGUUCCAUCGGCAUUCGCAGUCCAUCACAUCGAUCUACGUGACGCCGAGUUCACGUGGCACGAUGAUCCUGGCGUCCGUCGGGGCCGAUAGAAAGAUGACGCUGUACGCUGUGCACCAGCACGAACACGACAGUGGGGAUCGAGGGCUCGAGGUGGACGUGCUCCUCGAGUGUGUUGGCCAUGCCGACGACAUUGUCAACGUCGAAUGGGCGUUCGAAACGAAUCACGUCUUUGUCGAAUGCGCUGAUCGCAUGAUGUACAUUUGGAGCUUGACGACAGGUAUUCUCGAGCGCAUCGUGCCCCACGUGAUGGUCCACCAGACCACGCACCACAAGCACAUGUGGGACCUGCUCCGGCCUUUAUCGUCGCCCCCGCGCGGUUCCGCGUCCAUUUUACCAAACGUUCAUGUCUUUCCAUGCGACGUCGACGUACCUGCCGGUCCAUCCACGCGCCCAUCGUCCCCGUUUAACGAUCACGUCACGGCGCUGCUGGCGUAUCUGCUCACGUGGCAUGACGACGCCCACAUCGACCAACUUGUGCGGGACAUGCUCGGCGUUCGAGAACCGUAUUUGACGUACAGCAUUGCAAUCUCGGGACCGCAAGGGUCGAUUUCCGUCCCGCUGCCCCGACCAAAGUGCCUUCAUACAAGCAAGUGGCAACAUUCCGCUCACCUUACCGCUCAGUUGGCCCUCGCUCUGGUGACGAUGUGCACGUCCGUGAUGGAGAUGACGACCAGCCAAGAGGACCAAGUACUGUGGAGUCAGCUUAUCACGCAGAUUGCUGUCGUCCUGCCUGAGCGUGUUCCGCAAUACAAGGAGCCAUCGUUGGAGGCGCUGGCCGAGUUUGGGUUUCAACAACAGGAAGCGAGUCAAAUGGCGUCACGACUGCUCUUGCACGGUGUGAUCAAGCGGCUACCGGAAAACCUCCGCAGCACCAAGGCCGCAGCGUACAUGACCAAGUUUCAAGUCGAGUUGCAGCAACUCGACAAGCGGCCUGGAGGCUGGGUGACGUGGCCAAUGGAAGACGUCGUGACGCGGUUGGGGUCGUACUUGGUAGUGUUGAGCAUCCUGGGAACGUGCUUUCCCGGCGAAAUCUCUCCGUCUUGCGCUCGCCAAGUGUGCGAAGUCCUCGUGGCAUGUCUCCAGGGCCCGAGCCAUGUGGCGAUCGUCGCGGCCGAAUUGCUCGCGAAAGGCCUGCUCUUGUUUCGACCGCACUUGACAGACGUCGGCCAGCUCGUCCUGCAGCUCAUUCCACUCACGUUGGACGACGAUGCGGCGAAGAAGCGCCUCAAGCAGGCGUCGAUGCGGCUCUUGGUCGAAGUGGGGACGUGCGAAGCGUCGUUUGUGUUGACGGUGCUGCAGCAAGAAAUGAACGUGAGCGACCGGUCGAUUGCAUACCGCGAGGGGGUCCUGGCGUACUUGAUGACGUGGGUGAAUCUCCAGUUUCGACAAAUGGUGCGGCAUUUGCCGGCAGUCGUCGACACCGUGUUGAGUUGUUUGGACCCGACCAAGCCAGACCGUCGCAAAAAGUGUCUUGUCAUGAGCACCAAGUGCCUCCAUGACCUCGUCAAGCGAUUCCCGAUGGUCGAUUUCCACAAAGCCACGCAGCGCCUGGCUGUGGGAACGAUGGACGGCGUGAUCCUGCUGUACGACCUCCGUAUGGCGACAAAGUGGCGCGUGCUGGAAGGCCACACCAGCAGCAUUGGCGCCGUGAGCUUUCGCAAAGAUGGCGGGAUGUUGAUAUCGUACGGCGCCAGGGAAGCCAUGGUGCGGUGGUGGAACAUUGGAGCGGGCGGUCUCUUUACGCUCCUCAAGGUGCAGCAGUCGUGUGUGCGGCACCUCCAACUUGCCCCGAUCCUGUCGCGGCAACCAGCCGAGUUUUCCAAAGUGAUUCAGACAUGCCGUUUUCGACAAGCCGCAGAAGACGGGUCCGAGUCCAACACGGUGUGGCUCACUCGCGAAGACGAGUCGGUCUUGCCGCUCAACUUUCAAAUCUAAUGGAUCGUUGUCGACAAAUUGUAUCGUUGCACAGUAUGUUCGCAUGCAGCCUCGCACGGCUCAUUUGGACACGACUCGG